CAAUAGUUUAUAAAUCGUGUGGCUAAUAAACACCUUGUUUUUUUUAUCUAAAGAAAUAAUUGUGUGUAUUGCGGCAAUUAAUCAUCAUAUAAACAAAUAUUUGUUCUUAUCGUAGCCAAGAACAAGCAAUUAAUACAUACCACAAAGUACUCAAAAAUCAAUAGACGCGAUAGACUUAAAUCUACAAUUAUCAGUAAAAACAAGAGUAAAUAACUAUUCAACAAUCAGUGCAGUGCGUCUUUCUAUUGGCGGCCAUCAGCGAAGGCGAAGUGAAGCAAUAAAUUUUGAUUUUUUUUGCCCAAAAAAAAAAGAAGAGGAGGAGAUUUACGAAAGAAAAGAAGCUAAGAAAAAUGCUACAGAAUCUCAUAGAUUUUUGCAAUUACUGGUGGUUCCGAUAUCUAAUGGUGACCGAAUUGUACAUGGUCGAGAAGUGGGAGCGGGUCACAAUACAUAUCAUCUUUGCGAUAUUGUUUAUACUCUUCUGGUACUUUAACUACUCGAUCCUGCUCUCACUGACUGGAAGUCUAUUUGGUGUCACGCCCAUGUCAACGCUAAUGGAGGCGCAAAGUAGCACCAAAGUUAUGUAACACAACUAAUAAUUAUAAGCCUUCAAUUUGUUAAGACACGCAUAGUUUUUAGUCAAGAAGCCUACCAAAAAAAAAAAAAAAAACGAAAAUAA